AUGGUAAUACUUUAUAACUCUUUCGGGGUCAAUGCCAAGUCGCCCACGACGUAUUUUGUGACGAGCUUAGCAAUUGCGGAUUUAUUGGUUUGCUCAACUUACUAUCCAAUAUUGUCCAUCGAAUAUUCAUCCAUUGCUGCGGGUGAACGCAAUAUCAAACACGCAUUAUUUUGCGAGAUUGCGUCUACGGUUACGUGCGCCGGUGUCGCUUUAUCGAUAGCCAAUCUGUUGGCGAUAACCACCGACAGAUAUAUCUAUGUAAGCCGCCCGUUAAAGUAUCCCAUGAUAAUGACUUGGAGAAAAACUUACAUCAUACUAUCUAUCAUUUGGUUUGCCGCUGUAGUAAACGUCAACUUUGUAUAUUUCUCAGCCGGCAAGCCUGAUACGCACAUACUUUACUGUAGAACCUCUUUGGUCUCCUUUACUUUUUUCUUCACCCUCAAUGUAUCUGCACCGCUAUCUGGAGUGCUGAUUUUCAAUUAUAAAAUUUACAACGUCGCAAGAAAACAGAGGAGAAGAAUUGACAGAGAAAGUAUAUCAUCUUCGUACGCUGGUAAUCAAGAGACAUCAAGCGGCAGAACUGCCAGAAGGCGAACUUACACGCAGCAGUUGAAACAGAUUAAAACGUUCGGAUUUAUCGUCCUCGCGUUGUUGCUCUGUAUCAUUCCGACCGUUAUUGUCAAUGGUAUUCAGAUAUUCUGCAAGUAUUGUGUUCCGACAAGUGUAUAUAUUGCUAGUGGUAGCAUAUUUGUAGCCAACUCUGCCGUUAAUCCAAUCAUCUACACCGUUCGAAGCAGAGAAUACAGGUUAGCGUUUCGACGAUUUUACUACAAAAUCACUAACAGGAAUUUCGAAAGCUAAC